CCGACUUGCCUUUGACCAGCAGGACUCAGCGGAGACGCGCGGAGACGCACGGAGACGCACGGAGACUCGUGUACUGACAGAGCGCGCGCACUCGGACUGACUGGAUGUGAUGUACUGAGCGAGGACGUCUCUCUUUCCGUCUGUCUGUCUUUCUUUUUCCCUCUGUCUCUCUUUCUCUCAGCUCCCACAUCUUCAGGGAAACACACAUCAGACCUGUUUUCUUUCUUGGUUUCUUUUAUAUAUAUAUAUAUAUAUAUAUACAUAUAUUUUUGGAUAAGGUUCCCUGGAAAUCCUCCGCAUCUUUCCUCCGUCUCAGCAGCACAACUUUCAGGCUCGUCUUUCUCUCAGCUCGCGCUCACGUCAAUGUUUACGGUGCACGCUGAGAAACACAACGCGUUCUGAUUCCCUGCUGAAGGAAAGGAUUUGCUUUGUGUUCUGAUCUGAGACCUGUCCAUUCCACCUUAGCCAUGGAGAACGCUCACAUCAAGAGCGUGGAGGAAGUUUACAGCUAUUUUAACGUGAACGAGAGCACGGGGCUGUCGCUGGACCAAGUCAAACGCCAGAAAGAGAAGUGGGGUCCAAACGAAUUGCCUGCUGAAGAAGGAAAGUCAUUAUGGGAGCUGGUCAUUGAGCAGUUUGAGGAUUUACUUGUGCGGAUCCUCCUGCUUGCUGCUUGUAUUUCAUUUGUUUUAGCCUGGUUUGAGGAAGGCGAAGAGACGAUAACAGCCUUCGUGGAGCCUUUUGUAAUCCUAUUAAUUCUCAUAGCCAACGCCAUUGUCGGUGUGUGGCAGGAGCGUAACGCAGAAAAUGCCAUCGAGGCACUUAAAGAGUACGAGCCAGAGAUGGGGAAAGUCUACAGACAGGACAGGAAGACGGUGCAGAGGAUCAAGGCCAAAGACAUCGUCCCUGGGGACAUCGUGGAGGUAGCUGUGGGAGAUAAAGUGCCCGCAGACAUCCGUAUCUGUUCCAUCAAGUCCACCACGCUGAGAGUGGACCAGUCAAUCCUCACGGGCGAGUCUGUCUCCAUCAUUAAACACACGGACCCUGUUCCUGACCCGCGAGCUGUCAAUCAGGACAAGAAGAACAUGCUGUUCUCUGGUACCAACAUUGCAGCAGGUAAAGCCGUGGGGGUGGUGGUGGCCACAGGUGUGAACACAGAGAUCGGCAAGAUCCGUGAUCAGAUGGCAUCCACAGAGCAGGAGAGGACGCCACUGCAGCAGAAGCUGGACGAGUUUGGCGAGCAGCUUUCCAAAGUCAUCUCGCUCAUCUGUAUCGCCGUGUGGAUCAUCAACAUUGGCCACUUCAAUGACCCGGUGCAUGGCGGCUCCUGGAUUCGUGGCGCCAUCUACUACUUCAAAAUUGCUGUGGCUUUGGCUGUGGCUGCAAUCCCUGAGGGUCUGCCCGCUGUCAUCACUACCUGUCUGGCACUGGGCACACGCCGCAUGGCCAAGAAAAAUGCCAUAGUGCGCUCACUACCAUCUGUGGAGACUCUGGGGUGCACAUCAGUCAUCUGCUCUGAUAAAACUGGCACCCUAACCACCAACCAGAUGUCUGUGUGCAGGAUGUUCAUCUUAGACAAGGCAGAAAGUGAAAGCUGUUCUCUGACUGAGUUCACCAUUUCUGGAUCAACCUAUGCACCUGAAGGAGAAGUAUAUCUGGAUAACCGACCAGUGAAGAGCUCUGGCUAUGAUGCUCUAGUGGAGAUAGCCACUAUCUGUGCUCUGUGUAACGACUCCUCGCUGGACUUUAAUGAGUCCAAAGGUGUGUAUGAGAAGGUGGGAGAGGCCACAGAGACUGCUCUGACCUGCCUGGUGGAAAAGAUGAACGUGUUUGAUACAGAUGUCAGGAGCCUGUCCAGGAUUGAGAGAGCUAAUGCCUGCAACUCGGUUAUCAAGCAGCUAAUGAAGAAAGAGUUCACUCUGGAGUUUUCUCGGGACAGAAAGUCCAUGUCUGUAUACUGCACCCCCAGCAAGAGCAAGUCCACCACCAGCAAGAUGUUUGUUAAGGGAGCCCCAGAGGGAGUGAUUGACAGGUGUUCUUAUGUACGUGUGGGAGCCACUCGUGUGCCUAUGACUCAGGGUAUUAAAGAUAAGAUCAUGUCUGUGAUCAGGGAGUACGGCACUGGACGGGACACGCUGCGUUGCCUGGCUCUGGCUACCCGGGACAACCCGCUCAGGAAGGACGAGAUGGUCCUGUCUGAAACAGCACGCUUUGCUGAGUAUGAGUCUGACCUGACAUUCGUGGGCUGCGUGGGCAUGCUGGAUCCUCCUCGGACUGAGGUGGCUGCCUCCAUCAAGUUGUGUCGUCAUGCCGGUAUCCGAGUCAUCAUGAUCACAGGAGAUAACAAAGGCACGGCUGUGGCCAUCUGCAGGCGCAUCGGCAUCUUCUCCGAGGACGAUGAUGUAGAGGGCAUGGCUUUCACGGGCCGUGAGUUUGACGAUCUUUCCCCCAACGCACAGCGCGAGGCUGUCAUGGCUGCUCGCUGCUUUGCCCGUGUCGAACCCUCUCACAAGUCUAAGAUCGUGGAGUUUCUCCAGGGCUUCAAUGAGAUCACUGCAAUGACGGGAGAUGGGGUGAACGAUGCCCCUGCCCUGAAGAAGGCAGAGAUUGGCAUCGCCAUGGGCUCUGGCACUGCCGUGGCCAAGACAGCCUCGGAAAUGGUCCUCGCUGACGACAACUUUUCCACCAUCGUAGCUGCUGUUGAAGAAGGUCGAGCCAUUUACAACAACAUGAAGCAGUUCAUCCGCUACCUCAUCUCUUCUAACAUCGGGGAGGUCGUCUGUAUCUUUCUGACUGCAGCACUGGGCUUCCCUGAGGCUCUGAUCCCAGUGCAGCUGUUGUGGGUAAACCUGGUGACAGACGGCUUGCCUGCCACUGCGCUUGGCUUUAAUCCCCCUGACCUGGACAUUAUGAACAAACCUCCCCGCAAUGCCAAGGAGCCUCUGAUUUCCGGCUGGCUCUUUUUUAGAUACCUCGCCAUUGGCUGCUAUGUGGGAGCUGCUACAGUAGGAGCUGCAGCCUGGUGGUUCAUUGUGGCUGAUGAUGGCCCUCAGAUCACCCUCUACCAGCUGAGCCACUUCCUGCAGUGUUCUCCUGACCAUCCUGACUUUCAAGAUCUGGAGUGCCACAUGUUUGAAUCGCCGUACCCCAUGACCAUGGCGCUGUCUGUCCUCGUCACCAUCGAGAUGUGCAACGCUCUCAACAGUCUGUCGGAGAACCAGUCUCUGCUGCGCAUGCCUCCGUGGGAGAAUGUGUGGCUGCUGGGAGCCAUUUGCCUCUCCAUGUCCCUGCACUUCCUCAUCCUUUACGUCGAACCGUUGCCGGUCAUCUUCCAGAUCACUCCUCUAAACCUGACCCAGUGGUUGAUGGUGCUGAAGAUCUCCAUGCCUGUCAUCCUGCUGGAUGAGCUGCUCAAGUUCGUGGCGAGGAACUACCUGGAGCCGGGUAAAGAUUUAGCCACUGGGGAGCAGCAAGAGAGCUGGAGCGUGUCUGCAUGCAUCCAGGACAUCUCCUGGCCCUUCAUAGCUCUGAGUCUCCCCCUGGUGGUGUGGCUGUACAGCACGGACACUAACACGAGCCGCUCGCUGGAGUCCUCCUGACUGAGCGCUCACUGACUGCGAGCUGCUGUGACGCUAACACAAAACCACCACUUAUUAACCCAGAACCACCAUUAACCCAGUCCAGAAGAACGUUUGCACAGGAAUCUGUAUGUUUGCUGUUUUUUAUAAUUAGCUCUAAGAUUGAUGACAUAUUAUUCAUUGUUGUAACUGUUCCAUUUUAAAGCACACAUGAGUUGUUUAUAUAUAUAUUACAGUUAUAUUAUUAGGAGAUAAUAUAAGCAGUCAGUGGAUUUAAUAUAUUUAUUAGCUUAUUUUUAAGGGGCAUGGACCCAUGGUCCUCGUCGUCCUCACGAUGAAUCAGGACAGUGUGUGUAGUCAUGGCAACAACUUUCAUUGUAUAGCAGAUUAUAUUGUUUUAUAAAUCACCCCAUUCUAACUGAUCAUAUUUUGAAGUACUUGUUUUUAAACCAAUGGUUACAUUCUGCAUUUGGCAGAAUUCAGCUACCUCACUUCCACUGUUGUCCGGAUCAUUUGAACCUUGGUUUUACUUUAUUUAAUUUUUUUUAUCAGAAAACCAGCAUAGAAUAUCUUUAAAGGGGCAGUUUGAAUUGAAUUUAUUUUUAUUUCAUCGAAAUGAAAACCCUGAUAUGCCGUUUUCAUAGCAACACACACACACACACACACACACACACACACACACACACACAAAAUCUCUAUUCUGAUUGGGAACGGAGCUCAUUUCUGGGCCAGAAAAAAAUACAAUAAAAUGUAAAACCGAGUCUUGUCUUUUCCAGGACAGUGUCAGUAUCAUAUUUUACAUUCAGGGUCGCUUAAAUAUGAUUAUUAGAUAUUCAGACACACUUUUAAAUAUUACAGACUGCACCUUUAAAGAUGAAAAGGUUGAAAGAGGAACAGGUUUGUCUCCAAGCCGUGAUAAAAUUCAGAUGAGUUAUUUAGGAGGAUGAAGGAUGGUCUGUAAUCACAGUUUAUGUGGACACAGUUUGGAGUAUUUUUAUUUUCCGUGACUUGUGUAAGGUUGUGGAAAACAUGCACAAUGCUGUGGCUUUACAUGUAAGCUGUGUGUUUUGUGUGUGUGGUUUGUGUAUGCGCGUGUGUGGCAUGUUCGAGCAUAUUGUGUGUGUUGGGUGUGUGGUGUGUGCACGCAUGCUGUGUAUGUGUGUGUUGGUAUGUGUGUGUGGUGUGUGUGUUUGUGUGUGUUGUGUUUGUACCUACAGCACAGAUGUCUCUCAUAUGUAGUUUGAGAGUUUCACAUUUUUAAUAACUCUACAUGAUAAAGAUAGAUGUCAAAUCAGCCAAACGUCAAAGCAGUCGGCUCAUCAAUUGACAGCCUGCUUCACUCAAUAUGUGGCUUUUAAUAAUAAUAAUAAUAAUAAUAAUAAUAAUAAUAAUAAAUAAUACUUUUUCUUUUCUCCCAUUGCUUUACUCUGAGUGUGAAAACAGAACUGUAACCUCCUGCUCCUGUGUCGUCUGUCCCCCUCAAGAUGACCCUCUUCCUAACACUGCAAGCUGCAUUGUCUUUAAUCAUCUAAUCAAACAACCUUUAGCGUUUUUUUGAGCGUGUUGCCAGGUCUGCACUAAAAACUCCAAACAUUGUAUUAGAAACUGUAUCAAUCUGUAACCAAAGUUACAGCGAGCAUGGAGAAAGAUAUUGUAGAACUUACAAAAUAACACCAUACACUUUAAAUGUACAGAAAUGAGACGAUUUUAUAAAGAGUUCUUUCAGUACGUUUCUUAAACACACAAAUAAGAAUAACAAGAGUAAACCAAUUGGGAUUUUUGGUCAUUUGGUUACUCGUGUUACUUGUGUUACAUCGUGUUACUUGUAGGUGUAUGUGAGAUUGGGUUCUGUGGCAGCUUGUCCAGGAUGUCCCUUACCUUGUGCCCCGAGUCCCGAGGAGUAGGAUAAUCGGAAGAGAAAAUAGAUGUAUGGAUGAAUUUAAUGUGGUGGAACAUCUGCAAAACGAGGCAGUUCAAAGUACUCUGCAACACUGAAAGCUUCUUUCAUAAAUGAUAAAAAAUCUCCAUACAAUAAGCAUUCACUUUUUUGUUAGGAUUAAAUUAUGUCUGUCACGCGUCAAGUCCCUGUGUACGUUGUCAUUACUAUGGAAAUGCUCGUGGAUCAUAACAAGAGCCUUAACUGAACAGAAGCUUUUAUAAAUUAAAUACAUUUUUAUCUCAUUUUAUAGAAUUGAGCAGUUGAGAGUUAAGGGCCUUACUCAAGGGCCCAGCGGGGCCAGCUUAGUGGACCAGGGAUUUAGUAGUCUAACACCUUAGCCACUAAGCUACCAUGUCAUUUAACUAUUUAAACCACUGCUGAAUUCCAGGAAAACUGCAGACCUGGCAACCCUUGUAGAGAACUUAUAUUUAUACCACAUAAUAAAAAAUGGUGUGUUUAUAUAAGCAGCACAAUUAUAAAUCUUGAAUAAGUCUUUUACUAAAAUCUUUUUUGUUUUAAAAUGAUCAGGCUUUUGAUAAUCUUUCCUUUUCUCUGUCUCUUUCCCUCCUCAGCACCAGCCCUGUAAGCCUGGCCUGGUUCUCAGUAAUCCUUGCAGAAGCUGUAAAGGUUUUGUUAGUUUAGCUCGUGUGUUUUGAGCAAAACCACAUCGUUCAUGACCUGCAUGCCAACCGUGCCAAGUGCCAACAAGAAAAAAAGUUAUAUUUUUAAAAAAAAGUUAAUUGAGUGAAAGGUUCUAGGAUAAAGAGACAAAAUUGAGCGAAAUGUUAAGGCAGAUCAGGGUGCAUGCCCCUUUAAGCUACUCAAUCAUGAUGCUGGUAAAAUGAUACGCUUUUGUAUAGCACAGCCACACUUAAUUUAAUGUAUGUAUUUAAAUACCAGCUGGCAUUAGUGACUGGCACCUGUUAUUUUCUUUUUUUUUGCAAAAGGAUUGUUUUAUUUUGUGAGAUGUGUAGAUCAACCAGAUGAUUAUCGCUUCGCACAGUGAUGUGCGUCCUGUUUAAUAGCAGAUGAGUUUCAGCAUGGAGGAGUGUGAUGGGGAAAUACAGCGGAUUUUGUUCCAGUGACGACUACAGGCAAGACUCUGCUCAACCGGUGUCAAAUAUUGUAAACAAACAUCGCAAUGACUUGUGGUUAAUAAAAUGAUACAUGAC